UAAAUUACAGUGAAGAUGUCUGGAAGAGGAAAGACCGGUGGUAAAGCUCGUGCUAAGGCAAAGACUCGCUCCUCCAGGGCAGGACUGCAGUUCCCAGUCGGCCGUGUCCACAGAUUGCUGCGGAAGGGAAACUAUGCUCAGCGUGUCGGCGCUGGAGCCCCGGUCUAUCUGGCUGCUGUGCUCGAGUACCUGACUGCUGAAAUCCUGGAGCUGGCCGGGAACGCCGCCCGGGACAACAAGAAAACCAGAAUCAUCCCGCGUCACCUGCAGCUCGCUGUCCGCAACGACGAGGAGCUCAACAAGCUGAUGGGAGGCGUCACCAUCGCUCAGGGCGGAGUGCUGCCCAACAUCCAGGCCGUGCUGCUGCCCAAGAAAACCGAGAAGCCAGCCAAGAAGUAAAUCACUCGGACGACGCUUUUAAGAUCUUAAACCCCAAAGGCUCUUUUAAGAGCCACCCAAUUUUUCUAUGAAAGCGCAUCGACUCGUUUUGUUUAUUGUCUGAAUAAUACCAAACUGAGCAUUGUAGCAAUUAAGUGUGGGUGGUAGUGCAGCGUUACCAUGUAUCUGUUAGCGAUAUCAAACAGUCCUUUCCCCAGCGCGUGUUGCUGACAUUCCCCACAUAAUCACCACGUUCCUUACAAGGAGACAGUACCAUACAGCAUUAAUUGAUUGGUUUACUUUGUCUCCGAUCGAGCUACAUUGAAAAAUGCUUCCAGCUGGAAAUCCACCCCUCGUGUUUUACUUGUUGUUGCGGGUAUAGACACGCAAUCUUACAGAAAUAGUCAAAUAAAAUCAAUGUUUGCCUUGUAGUACAUUUAUCUUCUUUGCUAACUAACAGUUGCUAUAAGCGACAGUAGGUCCAGCCCAAUAGAAAGCAAGAUUAAGUUUGGUAAAGCACAGGAACUUCAGGACAGCCCCG